UAUUUCCUCAUUACAUUAUUUCUCUUUGUUAUUUCAUCUAGAUUAAACUGGAUGUUUGCAAUUCAAAAAUUGUUACUUAAUGCUGUAUCUGGUUUCAACAAGAAACAUCAUGAAAUUUCAUGAUUGAUCAAUCUAAUUUGGUGCGAAAUACCAUUGAGUUAUCAUUCAAAAAUUAUUACUUAAAUGUUUUAUGUUGUUUCCACUUUCUCAAAUCAUGUUCUACAUGGUGUGCAACUGAAUUAGUGUGUUUCUGUUAUUUUUCAAUUGUUUCUGAUCUGUUAUCAAUUUGUUGAUAAACCAAAUGCACAGAGUCACUUGGCUGCACUGAUUAGUUCCACCCCCCUCUCAUGUCCUUUUUUUUUUCUGGGAACAGAAAUGCUUUCAAAAAUGAGCUGACAUUGUUAGAAAAGGUUCGGCAUCCUAAUAUGGUUCAGUUUGUGGGAGCUGCUACUCAGAAUAUACCCAUGAUGAUUGUUUCAGAGUACCAUCCAAAAGGAGAUUUGGGGAAUUACCUUCAAAAGAAAGGACGUCUACAGCCUUCUAAAGCUCUGGGAUUUGCUCUUGAUAUUGCUAGCCAGCUUGUUUUCACCACAUUGCAAAGUGGGACCGCACAGGACAACUUCCCGACAAAUCAACAAUCAUUGUUUGGCGGUCUGAAACACAAUGAAUGGUGAUUUGGAGUGUGAGCUAAUUUUAACUGCUAAUGUCAAGUAUGGUUACCUGAUUUGGCAAUUCUGCUUCUAUCCUUGUGCUUCUCUGUUGGAAUGUAACUCUUUAGAGAUGGUAAGCU